CUCUCCCUCUCUGUCUCUCUACGAUGGCUUUCAGUCUCCUCUCUCUCCCCACCGUUCUCUCUCCUCACCGCUACCAUGUCUCUCUUAAAAAACACCACCGCCAUCGCAACGGUCAUUUCCUUUUCAAGCCUCUUCGCCUCCUCUUUUCGCGCCUUCCUGCCAUCGGCCCCAGCGGAAAGUAUUAUCAACCUCCGACGAUGACCAGAAGCCAGAGAGACUCCAUGCACGGGGUAGACAAGUUCCAGCAAAUCCACCGCCAGGCAGCCCGGGCCCGCAAACUCCAAGAAGAGAUUCAACAAGCACAAGUCAAAUUACUUUCUGCCAUUGCGGACGUGGACGAAGACGUGUUGAAUAAAGAGAAAACAGGAAACGAUGACGGGGACGAUUUGUUCGGUGAGAUUGAUAAAGCCAUUGCAAUGAAACGGCAAGAGUUAGUUGAGCAAGGUUUGCUACAGCCAGCUCCGAAAAAAGAGGAAGCCUUUGAUGAUGAGUUGGGACCUGAUGAAGUUGUUGACUUGGAAGAAAUUGAUAAAUUACAAGCUUUGACUGUUGUUUCUGAUUCGGAUGAUGGAGAAAAUGAAGAUUCAGGUGAAGAAGAUUCUUCGAAAUUCGAUGUCCGUAUAAGUGAUUCUGAAGGUAAAAAAGGAGAAAAAGGUAAAGUUAAUUUGUUGGAUUCUUCUUUCGAUUUAGAUUUAGAUAGUUUUGGAAAGACUAAAGUUAGAAUUGUGGAACCUAAGUUUAAAAUGAGUUUAGCUGAGCUUUUAGAUGAAAGUAAAGUGGUGCCCGUUUCGGUUUAUGGGGAUUUAGAGGUUGAGAUAACAGGGAUACAGCAUGAUUCAAGGGUGGUUAGUGCUGGGGAUUUGUUCGUUUGUUGUGUUGGGAGGAGAACUGAUGGGCAUCUGUAUUGAGUGAAGCUGAUAAAGAGGAGCUGUUGCUGUUGUAGCAAGUAAGAGAUUGAUAUUGAGGAUACCUUGGGAUGCAAGGCAUUGGUCAUUGUUGAGGAUACUAAUUCGGUUUUGCCUGUGUUAGCUGCAUCUUUUUAUAGGUACCCUUCAAAGAAUAUGGCAGUUAUUGGGAUCACUGGGACUAAUGGUAAAACAACCACGUCUUAUUUGAUAAAAGGGAUGUAUGAGGCAAUGGGUUUAAGGACUGGGAUGCUAAGCUCAGUUGCUUAUUAUAUACAUGGUGAUAAUAAGUUGGAAUCCCAAAAUACGACCCCAGAUGCUGUUUUGGUUCAGAAUUUGAUGGCUAAGAUGUUGCAUAAUGGAACUGAGGCGGUUGUAAUGGACAUCUUCUCAUGGCUGGCUUUAGGGAGAUGUAAUGAGGUUGAUUUUGAUAUUGCGGUGUUUAAUUUGACUAGGGAUCAUUUGGAUUUUCAUGGGACUGAGGAGGAGUAUAGGGAUGCUAAAGCAAAGUUGUUUGCAAGGAUGGUUGACCCUGAGAGGCAUAGGAAAGUUGUUAACAUUGAUGAUGCGCAGGCACCUUUUUUUAUUGCGCAAGGGAACCCUGAAGUUCCUGUGGUGACCUUUGCAAUGGAGAAUAAGAAUGCAGAUGUUCAUCCCCUGAAGUUUGAGCUGUCUCUAUUUGAGACGCAGGUCUUGGUUAAUACACCACAUGGGAUAUUGGAGAUUUCAUCAGUUUUGCUUGAGCAUAAUAUCUAUAAUAUUCUUGCAGCUGUGGCUGUUGGAUUGCAUGGGGCACCCUUGGAGGACAUUGUAAGAGGAAUCGAAGAGGGUGAUGCUGUUCCAGGUAGGUGUGAGUAAAAAUAGAUGAGAGCAGGCAUUUGGAGUAAUGUGGACUAUGCUCACACUCCUGAUGCCCUUUCUAGGCUGCUUGAUUCUGUAAGGGAGCUUGCACCAAAGAGGAUUAUUACUGUUAUUGGUUGUCCUGGGGAGAGUGACCGGGGGAAAAGACCAAUGAUGGCCAAAAUCUCAACUGAUAAAAGUGAAGUGACGAUUCUGACAUCUGAUAAUCCAAAGAGUGAAGAUCCAUUGGACAUCUUGGAUGACAUGUUAGCUGGUGUGGGGUGGACAAUGCAGGAAUAUUUGAAAUAUGGAGAAAAUGAUUACUAUCCACCUCUGCCAAAUGGUCAUCGACUUUUUCUGCAUGAUAUUAGGCAGGUAGCUGUACGUUGUGCUGUUGCCAUGGGUGAAGAAGGCGAUAUGGUUGUGAUUGCUGGCAAAGGCCAUGAAACAUUCCAUGAAGGUGACAAAAAAGAGUUCUUUGAUGACCGUGAGGAAUGCCGAGCAUUGCAAUAUGUUGAUGAACUCCACCAAGCAGGAAUAGACACCAGUGAAUUCCCAUGGCGUGGGUUUAUCUCUAUUAAUUCCGCUAAAUUAUCAAGAAUUCUUCAGUUUUUACCAAUGUGGAACUGCAUAUCAUGUUUGUGA